AUGGCUAGAGACCGCUAUUUCAAAUUAUUACGAAUGCUACAUUUCAAGCAUGAUGUUGGUUCUACCAAUGAUCGUUUGUACAAAAUACGGAACGUCAUUGAUUUAUUACGAAAAAAAUUUAGUCACUCAUUUCAACGAUUCCAAAAGCUGUGUAUAGACGAAAGUUUACUGUUAUACAAAGGGCGCCUUUCUUUCAAACAAUACAUCCUCAGAAAGAGAUUUGGAAUAAAAUCUUUUGUUCUCUGUGACUGUGAGACAGGAUUUGUGCAAGUUGUUUAUGCCGGAUCAUCUACCCUGGUGGAUACCAAAAAUAAGGAUACUGGGAAGACGGGAACAAUAGCUGAAGCACUUAUGAAGCUCUAUUUAGGAAAGGACCAUACCGUUUACGUAGAUAAUUGGUAUUACAGUCCAGCUUUAUCUAGAAUGCUACACAGUAACUGCACAAAUGAGUGCGAGACCAGCACUGCGGAAUCAACACACAAAUCUCUGAAAUGGUGUCGCAGAUAUUUCUUUCACUUGUUGGAUAUUUGUGUGUGGAAUGCCUAUUACCUUUAUAGUCCGCCCCCGUUAAUUAGGGAAAUACUGGAAAUGUAUCAUCGAAAUAUAGAACGUCAACACUCAACAGGCAGUAAUCAUCCAUUGAGAUUAAUAGACAGACAUUUUCCUUCGGUUUACAAAUCGGUACGAGGAAACCGAAAUAGAAAGUGUGUUGUUUGCAGUGCAAAAGACAGACGACGAGAAUCCGAGUGUAAAAACUGUAAUGUUGGUUUGCGUGUUGACCCUUGUUUUCAAAUUUAUCAUACUGAAUUACAUUAUUAA